GGACCCGGAGAGAUCAGUCGGUCGGAAAGCGGCUAACUUUUGUCUUGCAUCCCCACAAACUUGUUCGUUACUUUACUCUCCCCGACAAUCCCACGAGGGAGAAGAACCUGGAAUCGGCCAUGUCGGAGACUGAGAGCGAUGGCGCUGAACUUGUCUCGGCGGAGGCGGCGGAGAAGGGUCUACCGGAUUCGACGAGGAGCGACGGAGUGGAACCGGGGAAGGAGUUGGGAGGCGGUGGAGGACUGAGUCAACUCGACGAGAGGGAUCGAGUCGGUGAGUUCCGUGUUCCUGAUACGGACGUGGAAGCUUUGGGUGGAGGGGAGGAGAAACGUGAAACCCUAGCGAAGGAUCAAGUCGAGGGUGUUCGACAAAAUUCGGAUGUGGAGUCAAACGGUGAAGAGGACAGAGCACUGAAGGAGACUGAAGGUGGGAAGGAAGUUGUUUUAAGCGGGACUGUUCCGGUGGAUCAAGUGGCAGUAGAAAACCAUGAAAGCGGGAAGGAAGCAGUGAUAAACGCAAUUGUUCCGGUGGAUGAAGUGGCGGUAGAAAAUCAUGGGGUGGAGCCCUCUCCUUGUCCGACUCCAUGGUCGGAUCCACCAACUGCUUCUGCUACAAAAGAGCAAAGAUCUCUAUCACGGGUAGUUGAAGGCAUGUCUGUUUCUCCGGCUGUGAGGACGCCCACUCGUGAUGGUUACAACUGGAGAAAGUAUGGACAGAAACAGGUCAAGAGUCCCAAAGGUUCACGGAGCUACUAUAGGUGUACCUAUUCCGAUUGUUGUGCUAAGAAGAUCGAAUGCUCUAAUGAUUCCGGCAAUGUGAUAGAGAUUGUUAACAAAGGUUCACAUAGUCAUGACCCUCCACGGAAGAACAACUACUCCGUCAGAGAAAGCAGAGUUGUAUCAUCUAUUCAACCUGUUUCAGUGGACCAUGCAACAGCAGCAGCAGAAGGAGAGUCAGUAAAACUGCUUUGUUACACUGAUCCAUCUAUUUCGGCCAAAGAAAAUAUCGGUGAACCGAACACAACUCCCGAAAGGAAGAGACUGAGUUCGUCUGUAUCUGAUGGGAAUGGCGAGAUUGAAGCUAAGAAGAACCAUCUAGAGGAACCAGAUGCAAAACGAAGGUUGAAAAAGGAUAACAACACAUCAUGUUUGGAUUUUGUCUCGAAAUCCGAGAAGAAACAUAAAUUUGUGGUACAUGCAGCUGGAGAUGUGGGGGUCUCUGGCGAUGGAUACAGAUGGCGGAAAUACGGGCAGAAGAUGGUGAAGGGAAACCCUAAUCCCAGGAACUAUUACAGGUGCACCUCUGCAGGGUGUCCUGUCCGAAAACACAUAGAGACAGCAGUGGAUAACACAACUGCUGUAAUAAUAACAUACAAAGGAGUGCAUAACCAUGACAUGCCGGUGCCAAAGAAGCGUCACGGCCUGCCCAGUGCCACGCUCGUGGCUGCAGCUGCUCCAACGUCAAUGAACAGCUCGCUGGCUCAAGCAGGAGAACCCGCAAAUCCUCCGCGGGUAGCUUCGCCGAGCCAAUGCUCGGGCGGGAGGGAAAGUGAAAUGAGCAACGAAGCCAAUGAGAAGGCCAUGGAAUCUGCUCGGACAUUGCUGAGCAUCGGGUUUGAGAUCAAGCAGUGCUGAGGUUAUUACCAGACAAGAUUUAGCAAAGUUCUUGUUAUAUAGUAAUAAUAAUAAUUAUAAUAAUCUCGGAGAUAUUGAUUUCUAUUAGAUUAUAUGAGGUUUGUCUUUUGAUUUGUUUCAUUAGCUUCUUGAUCUUUGUAUCUUCCCAGAGAUUUGGGGGUAUAUGUAUAUUUGGUGAUGGGUCACCAUAAUUAGCUAUAUGAGGCCUUGUUAGGUGCUGAUAACAUUUGAGUACUCUUUUCUAUGAAAUAAUAUUAUAAAUAAUAGUAAUUAUUAUUA